UUCUCCUUCUAAAUAAGAGAUCCAAAACAAUAUUUCAAACGAAUCGAGCCAAACGUUGAUUUGUGAAAACGCCUAACCUCAGGGACGUAGAUGCAAAUUUCCCAAAUUAGUAACGGUUACCUCUCACUGGCCCGAACAAUCUUUGGACCCGACGGACAGAACAAAUGGCGCUAGUUUUCUCUCUCAACUGUAAAAGCCAGCAUAAACCCUUUUCUACCAGAAACCCUAAUAUCAAACUCAAUCACUCACAAUGUUCCGUUCAAUUCCCGGAGAGUCGCUCUUCUUUCUGCUCUCCCACCGCUGUAUUCACAACUCCUCUCUUUCAAGAAGGGAAGUGGCGACGCCGUUUCUGUGUUUUUAACAAUCCAGGAGAGGAUUCCGCUCAGAGUGGUGUAGAGGAUGAUGAAGGGAAUAGUUUAGGCGUCGAAGCGGCGUUGUCGAUGCUAAGGUUCUACAAACGCGAAAUCUCACCAGUGUUGCCAAAAAGCUGUCGUUAUGUUCCAACUUGUAGUGAGUACUCAAUGAUUGCUUACAAGAAGUAUGGAGUUGUGAAGGGGACGAUAUUGACUGCUUGGCGUCUCUGUCGCUGUAAUCCUCUUGGAGGCUCUGGUUUUGAUCCCCCACGAUGGUUUGACGAGACAACUCCACCUGAGCAAUGAAUUCACUCCAACUGUGAUGCUGAGAGAGAGAGAGAGAGAGAGAGAGUUUUAUGUAUUAUACUAAAUACAGAUGAUCUGUUUGCGGAACUUGGAGACUGAGAUGGAAACACGGAUGCUGUUUCUUUGUCAGACUACUACCACCUGAAAACAGAAAUGAAACUUUGCUGAGAUAAAGGCACCGUAUAAACAUCAUCA